CUGGCGCUCAGAGGCUUUGCAAUUGUCCUCCACGAGGCUCGGGCCCCAGGUGGAAAUAUCAGUUCCACAAAGCGGGCAGCGAGAUAUCUUUGGGCUAAAGAACUCAGCGUCCAGUGCUCCAGUUGAAGAUCUAAAGAGAAAGCCGCCUUGCUACCACCAUGCCUAACUUUUCUGGCAACUGGAAGAUCAUCCGAUCGGAAAACUUUGAGGAAUUGUUAAAAGCCCUGGGGGUUAAUGUGAUGCUGAGGAAGAUCGCAGUGGCUGCAGCAUCUAAGCCAGCCAUAGAGAUCAAACAGGACGGGGAGACGUUCUACAUAAAAACCUCCACCACUGUGCGAACCACGGAGAUUAACUUCAAGAUCGGGGAGGAAUUCGAGGAGCAGACGGUGGACGGGAGACCCUGUAAGAGUUUGGUGAAAUGGGAGAGUGAAAACAAAAUGGUGUGUGAGCAAAGGCUUCUAAAGGGAGAGGGCCCCAAGACCUCCUGGACCAGAGAACUGACCAAUGACGGAGAGCUGAUCCUGACCAUGACAGCAGAUGACGUUGUGUGCACCAGGGCCUACGUCCGAGAGUGAGUGCCUGUGGGUCCAAGAGCUGCCUGCCAGAGAUUCCUUCCCCUUCCACUACAUACAGCCCACAACCUCCUCCCUUCAUCCAUCUUACAAGCUAGCCCUCCCCUUACUCCCAAAGUCACUGUUUCCUCCAGGGCCCCCCUGGAGGGACAGACUACAAAGGCCCAGAACCCCUUCCCCAGACCAGCAGUACCAGCUCCAUACCAGGGCCCUUCCUGGAGGAGACUGUCUCUCUGGCCUCUACUCCUUUACCCUUGUAGUCUGUGUGAUUUAGAAUAUUUAUUUGUUAAUUUUAUUAAAAUGUUUUAAAAA